CGCCGGGUGGGGGAAUCGCCCCCACCGUGCGGACGGCGCCUACGCAGCCAAUGGGCUCCCUGAUAAUUCAGCUAAUGUAGGCGCUGUGAUUGGUCGUUCGAUCUGUACAUUUUUCGGCACGUGGCUGUCUUCAACAGGUCAAUGGCGUCGAUUGAAAAAAGCUAUAUAUCCUGCAAAUUACAAGUUUCCAAGCAACGAUAUCUCCAUCGUGGUAUCUGUUUUAUUAUUUUAAAUGAUAUAUUUUUUUUAUUUAUUAUUAACUUCACAAUUAUAGAAAGAGAGCUCGUGACAAAAAUAUGUAUGAGCUUUCUAAAGCUUGAUAUUUCCAUAUGUUGAAGUACUAAGGAGGCACUAUAAAUCAGGCACUGGAACACCUGGUGGCAGCGGCGCGAAAUUAACUUCUAGCGAUUCUGAAUAUAUCUGUACUUUAAAAUUAAAGUCUUGAGUAUUUUCUUAAUUUUCAACCAACACGAAACUCUUCUUAAAAUACAAAAACGGAGAUCUGAUGAGACGCCGUGUUUCACAAUUGUGCAUUCUGAGCAGUUAAUAUCUAGUUGCAUAAAUGUCUAUUUAAAUUUUCAUUAGUUUAAAGCGUUACCGAUACAAUAUUCCCUAUUUAGUACAUUCAUUAGAGCUAAGUCAUCAUUAGUGGAUGUUUGUGCAACAGGGUAUAAGUCUGAUUUCAUCUUUAAGAAUAAGUUUUCACUGAUUUCAAGUUAUUAAAAAGUAUCUUCAAUAUGCGUUAUGAUUUUUGUACUUUACAUUUUUUCCAUCGUGACCAGGUGUUCCAGCACCUUACCUCCGCUCUAGGCACUGAGUGAUGUAUUUGCAUAUUUUGCAUAUUUUUGUAACAACCUCUUAUACUAGAGGUAUGUAUAUACGUGACUACGCGACGGAUCAUCCUCCGAAUGUGUAAGAUUGAAUGUCAUAUCACAUUAUUGUUUUAUUGGUCAAUGAUAUGGGCCCACAUAGAUCACUUGUUCUGCGUGCUGGUCACGUCCACAGGCGUAGUGGCUAGGUAGGGUAGUGAUCACCCAUUCUAUGACCGCGAAAGUUACUUAAUCUCGGCAAUGCAUCCGCAUGCACUGACCAAUUAGGUAUCAUCAUCAGCCCUGUUACGUCCCCACCGCAGCGGCUCAGGCCUUCCUUAUGGAUAGUUAAGGAGGACUGCAUAUGCAGCCGAGACUAACGGCUUAAUGUGCCUUCCGAAGCACUUUAUUCCGAAAAAUUUUUCGGUCACCCAUCCCGUGACCGACCUUUGCGAAAGUUGCUUAACAACAAUAAUCGCGGGCCGCGGCGCUUAUCUACUACGCCACCGAGCUACUCUACUGAGCUAUAUCAUACUGAUUUUUAUAAACUUUUAAUUUUGGAAUUAUCUUUGUAAAACAGCUGUACCAGAGUGUCAGCCUUCUCCAAGUAUAUAAAGGAAAAUAAGGCUAAUACUAUUUUAAUUAUCUUUGUAAAACAUAUGAUAAUUAAAAGUUCUAUCAAAAACGUUUUUUUAGUUUACUAAGGAACCAUUUGACUUCAAUAACAUUGUCUCGGCGAUUCCAUACGCAUCAAGAUAUAAAGACUACAAGGGGGAAUGUUUGGCAUCAGGAUACGGAAGACUUAAUUACGCAUUUUCAAAGAAAAAGGUGACGACAAUAGAGUAUAUAAAGUAAGAUCAGUUUUAUAGAAAAAUAUUGCUUGGUCGUUUUACCAGACAAUUCUUUUGAAUUUCCAUUUUGAUGCAUCUGUUAUUAUAGUUCUUCAAAAAUAAUGACUCUUUUUUUUUAAUUUUCAAUAGUCAUUUUCUGUGAAAAAUUAUAAAAAUACCUUUCUGUGUAUUUAAACAAUGCACAAAUUACCAUUGACAAUGAAAGCAGCAAAAAACAAGUACUGAUACACUUGCUUUUUAUUUUAAUAAAAAUAAUAAAACGAACAAAAUUUAACAAAAUGUACAAAUCAACCGUUUCUAACUUUGAAAAAAAAAGUAUGUAGGCAUCAUGACAAGGUUACUUACUAUUGGUCGAUAGAUGUCAGAUAUAGCUUAUUAAAAUGACCAUACCCUUAUCUUAAAGAUUAAAGAAGACACGGUUGAUUUGGAAAUUAACAAAUUUAAUUUUAUCCUAUAUUUUUUUUCUCGAUUUUUAGUUACAAUGCUAUACGCUGAUGUUAGCAAAUUUAGCAAUAAUGCCGACUUAUUGGUGCAGCAAGAAACAUCGUAAGGACAUGAGACGUUUUAUAUGCACUUCGGAUAAAGUUACUGACGUUGGAAAGGGUGAUUCCGGUGGUCCUUUAGUAUGCGCUAAGACAGGAGACCCCAAAGAACGCGGUAAAGGCAUAGUGGUCGGUAUAGUGAGUGGAAACAAAUAUAACGCCGGUUCCUUCUUUACCAGAGUGUCAGCCUUCUCCAAGUAUAUAAAGGAAAAUAAGGCUAAUACUAUUUUAAUGUCUUCAUGUACAAAUUUAUUUAUAAUAAUAUAUUAUGUAUUUUAUUUAUUCUGUUUGUGUUUUAUUGUAUAGUUAUAUAGUUAAGAAAAUAUCUGAGAUAAUUUCUACAUUUACAUGACAUCCUUGCAUUGGCUAUUAGAAUAAUGUAAUGACUUCUAGCUACUGGAUUAAGUAGCGACUUUACUGCAAACUUAUUAAGUUAUAAUACCUGUC